CCUCAAACAAAAACAUCUAAACACUCUUGACUCAACCUCUAAUUAGUAAAUUAGUAUUUCAACGCGACAAGACGCGUUUAUAAGUUAUUAUGGUAUGUUUCCAAAUUUCCUCUUUCUCAAACGCGCAUCUCAAUUUAUUGGUUUAUUAUAUCCCGUCUUGUUGAACCAGAUAUCCAUAAUCCAUAUUGGAUGAUCAGUCGCUACAUGUUCAUGCAUGAUUCGCUUAGCGGUUUAUACGUUUAGUUUUCAUCUGAGCAAAUCAUUUCGUCCGAAAGUUACCAAAUAGGAGUUAUCUUUACUAAACAAAAUGAUGCAGUCUCAAUUAGACCCUCUACCGGAUGACCUUCCCUUCCGAUUUAUAUCAAAGACGAUAGGAAGAGGAGCAUAUGCAUCAAUCAAAAAGGCCAUACCUUUGGAUGCCCAAUCACCAGUCUUUGCGGUCAAGUUAAUUCACAAAGGCUACGCAGUUAAACAUGGCCGCAUCUCAGCUAAACAGAUUGCUAUGGAGGUGUCCUUACAUUCUCACAUCGGCCAACACCCGAAUAUAAUUGAAUGGUUUGCGACAGGCGAAGACCAUAUCUGGAGAUGGAUAGCGAUGGAGUAUGCCGAAGGAGGCGACCUCUUCGACAAGAUUGAGGCAGAUGUAGGCGUCACGGAAGAUAUUGCCCAGGUCUAUUUCCAUCAGCUCAUCAGUGGCGUGAGCUUCAUGCAUUCGAAAGGGAUUGCGCAUCGAGAUCUGAAGCCGGAAAACAUAUUAAUGUCAGACAACGGAAACUUAAAACUAGCGGAUUUCGGCAUGGCGACAAUGUUCGAAUACAAGGGCCAACGAAAGCUAAGCACAACGAUGUGCGGCAGUCCGCCGUACGUUGCCCCUGAAGUAUUAGCAGGCGGCCGAGUAGAUAAGAAGUCUAGUGAAGUAACCAAAUACUCGGCCGAACUGGUGGACAUCUGGUCGUGUGGUGUCAUCCUAUUCGUCCUCCUGGUGGGAAACACGCCGUGGGAUGAGCCAACCUCGCAGAGCUGGGAGUACCAAGAAUAUAAGAAAACGAAUGGCCGAAGUACGGAUAGUCUAUGGGAACGAAUACCUGCAGAGGCCCACUCGUUGCUCAGGGGUAUGAUGAGUAUCGAACCGAAGAAGCGAUUUACGUUUGCCCAGAUACGACAACAUCCUUGGUACACCCGCCACAACAAAUUCCUAGCCGCAGAUGGCCAGAUCAAUGAUCCCAUAAAUCUAGCAACGAAGAUGCUAGAGAACCUACAUAUAGACUUCAGCCAACAGGCUCCCUCAUCACAACGCCAGUCGCAAUCACAAGAUUCUAUGGAUAUAGAUGGCGGCUCGUCUCAUAAGAUAUCCUCCACACAACCAGAAACACCAAUUAACGAUGUUCUAUUCGACUGGGAGAGACCGGUUCUCCGUACCUUAACCGCGUCCUCCACACAGCCUAUCUCCCGAGCAGACGCAACAUUACCAACACAGUCUAGUAAUUUCUUCGACGCCCUGGCCGAGGAACCCUCCAUGAGCCAGUUCUCGCAGACGCGCGGGGUGCCGCUCAGCCUAACACAGCACGCACAGCGCUUCAAGGAUAUCGUCCCCGCGCAUUCAUUUACUCGCUUCUUUUCGAAUAUGCCACCGCAGCUACUUGUCCAGAUGCUCAGCGAUGCGUUGCACAAUCUCAGCGUGCCACUACCGUCGGGGCCGCCAUACGUCGGCCAAGGUGAUCACGUGUCUACUUAUAAAGUUAGGACGGUGGACGAUCGCAAGCAGGGACUUCACGGGGAGAUCCUUGUCGACAAGUACUUAUUACCCGAGUCGCAGGAGCUACUCGAAGUGCGAUUCGUCAAGCUGAAAGGUGACCCGCUCGAGUGGAGACGUUUCUUCAAGAAAAUAGUGUUGCUGUGCAAGGACGGCGUCUUCAAACCGGAGGACUAGAGGGACCGGCCGGUUCACCCAGAUAUUUGAUUUGGGGUUAUAUAAUAGGACGGCCAUCUCGGAUUAACAGGACGGAACGUAAAGGGGUGGAAUAUUAUCCGGAGUAGGUCUGCUGUAUAUUUUUUGCGCAUAGGGGAUACGGAAAAAUUAUAUAGCGGUUAAUGUUAGGGGGGUUGCUUAUUGAUAGACUCGGCUCAGGUAUGGCUUUUACCAGGGCUGGAUGCGGCAUACAUAGUUUCAUUGUAUUCUUAUAUGCUCUCGUGUAUGCUAGGGGGUUGAUUGCGUUGCUUUUUGUGAGAUAUUUGCGAGCUUAACAGGGUGGCUUAUCACCGAAAGUGCCAACCAGGUACCACGAUACAGAAUAGGCCCCUUCAUACUAUAAAGGAAUUUAUGAUUAAUUCAAACACGGAGUGACCUUCUUUA